AUGGAGGGCGCCCAGUCGUCGCCCAGUCGUCGCGAGGCGUCACUCGCCGCCCCUCGCGCGUCCACGGCCUCGCGGGCCCCGGCGGGGAGGGCGGAGCUGCUGUCACAGGUACUCGCAUUUUUUCCCGCAGGGCUGUCGCGAGACGCAGGCGCCGCCGCCGCGGACGCAGAGGCUCUGCUGCGGAGGUACGAGGGCCUGGAGGAGGAGUUGCUUUCGGCGCUCCGCGAAAAGUACGGCCAGCCACCGCACGAGUCUAUAGAGCGGGCGCGGGAGUUGUUGCACACAUCCCCGACUAUAGCGGCGCAGGAGCCGACCGCGCCGCCCGCAGAAAGUCUGCGGGCGGACGUGGACGCCCCCGCGGAGGCACGAAGUCCCCCGAUCCUCGCCCGCAUGCGGCGCGAGCGGGAGGCGGAGGAUGCGACGUGGCGGCGGGUGCACGCCGCGGCGAAGGAGCUGCUCGUGUCGUUGGAGGAGGCGCAGCGGCGUGUGGCGGAGCAGGAGGUUGAGUUGGCGCGACUGACCGCUGAGCACUCCCGGCGGCUGCGCGAGGGGGCGGCGGAGGAGCGAGAGCAGGAGGCGCUGAGGUCGACCAUGGCUGCAGCGGCGACGCGCCUGCAGUUGACGCUGCUGCGUCUGCGCGGGGCCGUGGAGGCGGACGUCGACGGCGCGGCGGCACUUGGCGAUGUUGAGUACAAGCGCCACAUGCUGAGCGCACAGCGGCGGGAGGAGGAGGACCUCAUUGAAGUCUACCGGCGGGUGCUGCGGCAGCAUGUGAGGUCCUAUCCGCUCAGCCCUCUUUGCGAGGAGAUUGGGCGCGUGGACGCACAGUUGCGGCAGCUGCUGCCGGAGUCACCCGUCUGA